ACCUGGCGUAUACUCACGCGCAGUGUUACGUACAGGUACAGGGAAGGCUUGCGCGAACGCAGGCGGGGCGGGGACAGGCAGUGCCGCGACGGACACCAUCUUGGGUGCGCGUGAGUGAUUCUUAGUGUUGUGAUUAUAUUAAUGUUCCAUCCAGGAUGACAGACUACGAGCGCAUCAAGCAGACGUGUCUGGAGAAGGGGGAGCUCUGGGAAGACCCUGACUUCCCCGCUAAUCAGUCCUCAGUGUUUUACUACCAGACUCCCCCUUUUCACUUCGAGUGGAAGAGAUCUAAGGAAAUAUACUCAAAUCCUUCGUUCAUACAUGAUAGGAACGAAGUAUUUGAUGUCAUACCUGGCAAAUUAGGAGACAAAUGGAUGGUGUCCUGCCUCGGCGUCCUGUACCUCACAAAAGGUCUUUUCUACAGAGUUGUACCAGCUGACCAGAGAGUUGACGAAGCCUACGCUGGUGUAUUCAGGUUUCGACUGUGGUGGUGUGGACAAUGGCUUGAGGUGCUUGUGGACGAUCGCUUGCCAACAGUUAAUGGAAAUUUGGCAUUCCUCCAAAGCAACCACACUGAGCAGAUGUGGCCGGCACUAUUGGAAAAGGCUUAUGCCAAAUUGCAUGGAUCCUACGAGGCUUUAAAAUACGGGAGCUUGCUGGACGGGCUAGCAGACCUUACAGGGGGCAUUACCGAGUCACUGCAGAUGACCGAAUUGGCUGAUGCUGAGACCCUGAAGAACUUGCUAAAGAACACGAGUCUAGUUACCGCACACCAUGUGGCCGCUGCACCCGAAGACAAAAUUCCCGAGCUUCAAACAGAAAUGAAUUAUGUGGUGUUGAACGUGGAACAGGUGGAAAGCACUAAAGGGCCUGUACAUGUCGUACGAGUGCGUCGACCACUCAGUAUUGGAGUCGUACCUGUACCUUACAUAGUACUUAAUCCAGAAUCGUGGCACACAAUACCGCAACAAGAACGGGACCGAUUCAUAUCAACACCCAAAGGAAUUUGGAUGCUCUUCUCCGAUUUCCAACGCGUGUUCACUCGCGUCGAAAUCGUUCAUUUAGACUCGGAAACCUGUAGAGCAGAACCGUUUUUAGCUGAUAAACUCAAAUGGCAAAUGAAGAUGCACCAAUCUGGAUGGAAGAGAGGCGUCUCGGCUGGAGGAUGUCGUAAUUACGUGCAUUUUUUCCACACGAAUCCUCAAAUACAAAUAGUCUUAACUGAACCGGACACUGUCAUUAUAUCUCUGAACCAGCACUGCAUUAUGGAACCUAAAGUCAUUGGAUUUAGUAUUUACAAAAUUCCUGCGCCCCUAAACGAGACUGCGAAAGCCCUGUUCUUUAGGAAAGUAAAAAGUACUAUCAAUUCACAAUAUACAAAUAGUCGGCAAGUUACACACAGAUCACCUUUAGAACCAAGUGCCUUCAUCAUAAUGCCUACAACAUUCGAGCCUCGCGACGAAGCUAACUUUACGUUAAGAAUAUUCUCAAACAAACCAAUUAAGAUGAAAGUUUUGGACAAUCCACCUAAAAUGACAAAGACUGCAUUAGUGAAGGCACCACCAGUAGUAGAAGUAAACAGCUUUGCGCAGUACGAAGCGGUGUUCCUUCAACUAGCCGACGAACACAAGUCUAUAGACCCAUUUGAAUUGCAAGAAUUACUAGAUGCUUGCCUUCCAAACGACUACAUCAAGAGCUGUGCCUCCAUAGACACGUGUAGACAAAUUGUUUUGUCUUUAGAUAAAAAAGGUACAGGUCGCAUAUCGCUGUCAGACUUCAAGGACCUUAUGUGCAGUUUAAAACAUUGGCAACUUGUCUUCCGGACGCAUGCUAGAGAGAAAAUGGGAGUCCUCAGAGCGGAGAGAUUCCGGGACGCCUUAAGAGAUGUCGGUUUCAUAGUACCCGAGAAAGUAAUGAACCUUCUUGUGUUAAGAUAUAUGAGGAAAGACGGCAUGCUAAGAUUUGGCGAUUUCGUUUCUGCUGUUAUGCAUCUACACCGUGCUUUUGAAAUCUUCCACAAAAGCAACACACUUCGAACAGAAGGUGUCCAAAUGAAUUUAACUGAGCUGCUCAUACCUUAUUUCUACCAAUUGGUCCAGAAUUACUCGGAAAAUUGGAAAUUAAUCGUCUUUGAAAAACGAUUUUUUUAUACACCCCGACGAUGACACACUCCAGAGUGGCUGAAGAAUGUAUUUAUGUGCUAGUAAAACUAGGCAGGCGCUGUUUGUCAUUGCAAUUGGACUUGAGAACUGGCAUGGACUGGACUAUUGUGGCACCCAGUAUGGUCCUAGAAAAUUCGUUCCCAACCGGUGAUCCACUGACCUUUAGAGAUCCGCAGUUGCGCAGAAGACAAAAAAUGGUCCUAACAAGAAUGAUAUGAAAGUAGUCCUUGAUCAAGAAAAGUUGGGAAUCCCUGUCCUAGAUCGACGCGGGGCCAUAAGCCUGGUUUAAAAAGGGGCCAGUCCUUAUUUCACUAUAAUGAAAAUAUUGUUUUAUAAAUGGCAUAAGUAUGUUAUUGUACCUAAACUUUUAACAACCAGUGUUACGGCAAUCCAUUCCAAUUACCUCUUAGUUUGUACGAAAUCGCUAAACGACCGUCAGUUGAUAGCUAUUAGUUUUCUAUAUUAUUUAGAUUUAGUUAAAAUAUGAUAUUAUAGAUACCUUUGUAGAAGAAUAACCAGCUCACUUCACGGUUGUGAUAAGAUUUCUGUUAAAAGAUUAAGUUAGUCAAUUACGUGAUGUGAGAGUUUUUAAAUGAUGGGUAUUUAGUGCAUUUCUAUCAACACUAAUUUUGAAAUGUGCAAUGUUAUCUUGAUAUUUGUUUUUUGCGACUACAUAGCCUACUCGGUACGUAUCUAUACAUAUAGUUAUAUAGGUAUACCUAUCUACUAGGUAAGUACCUAUACUCUAUUUUUAGGUAGGUACUUACCUAAAGGUCACGUUUUCAACUGGAUUUUCAUUUUGCCUACUCUAUUUUAGUUUAUUGUGUAGUACCUAAGCUAUUGGUCAUAAUAAUGAGUUUUCUCAUCACUAUAAAUAUCUACUCAGUGCAUUUGUUAUUUUAGUUAGGUUCUUAUAUUAAUUGUCAUUUGGUUAAGAAUAGGUACCUACUUACUUAAAAUAAGGAUUUAUUGAAUAAGAAAGUCGUAUUUUGUAAUCUUGUUGCUAAUGAUAUCUACCUACCUACAGGCUACAACCGACAUUUUGCCUUGUGUACGAACAAAAGCGAACUUAUCAAUUAACGACGUAUUUAAGCAAUUCAAUAAUAGCACAAAUGUGAAAAUUAGUUAGUGUUUCAUGAUUUUUCUUUUAAUAUCAAUUCUAACUGAUAACCUGCUUUAUUUUGUAACUAAACUUAGUCUUAGUUUUCUUACAGAAUCUUACCGUUACCUUUUGUAGUUAUUUUGACCAAAACUCUGUUUAUCGAACAUUUUCAUUGUUGCCGUUCAACUUGUAGCGGGUUCGAUUCCCGCACGGAGCAACUCUUUGUGUCCUCCAAAAAUUGUUGUUUCCGGUCUGGGUGUCAUGUGCAUGUGAAAUCGUAUGUUUGUAAACGCACCCACGAUACAGGAGAAAAUCCUAAUGUGGGGCAACGCUUUAAAAAAAAAAGUAAUAGUAAUUUGAACUACUAUUUGAGAACUCAAAUUCAAACCUACUACUUCUUUCUUCUUCAUAUCCUAUGGGUAUUUCCAGUAAAUAAUUUUCUGUAAAUGAUUAAAAAAAACUAAGAAUCUAUGUUUCAACACGCAUGGGUAGUCCCUAAGUACUAUAAAGCAUGCAUAUGCAGUGCAUGAAACUCCAACGAUCUCGCUUGAUUCAAAAUAAUAAUAUAAUUAUUAUACUUUUUUUACUUUCUAAUACAUAAUAUACAUACGUAGGUAAUGUUAAUGUGUAAAUAAUAGGAACGUAAAUCCACCGAGUCGGUACUUACUUACCUAAAUUAAAAUUUUAAGUUUUUUUUUUCUAAAUCACAAAUGAAAGCGUCACAGAUACGUCACAUUAUUUGUUUUGAUUAUUUUGGUUAUCGAAUAAAAAGUUUGAUUUUAAA